GGGUUUUCUGGAAUGAAUAGGUUCAACCAGAGCACGUGGAGUAAAGUCCAAUGUGAGAUGAUUUUGGCAUUUUUAUCCUUUGCUGAUUACUACCGCCCAAAAUAUUUUCUUCUCGAGAAUGUCCGCAACUUUGUGUCAUUCAACCAAGGCCAGACUUUUCGCCUAACUUUAGCUUCACUUCUUGAGAUGGGAUAUCAG